GCAAAUCUAUGGACAUCAGAAAUAGCGCUGAGUACUUUUCCAAGCUUGAGAACUGUACCGUGAUCGAAGGCUACCUCCAGAUAGUGCUCAUAGACCAUGCAAAACCCAGCGACUAUGCCGGACUCAGCUUCCCGAAGCUACGUGAGAUCACAGAAUACUUUGUGAUGUUCCGGGUGAAGAACCUUCAGACCCUACGCCACAUCUUCCCCAACCUUGCCGUGAUCCGAGGGGACAGCCUGUUCUUCAACUAUGCCCUGAUCAUCUUUGAGAUGUUUGAGCUCCAGGAGAUUGGUCUUCCUAGUCUUCAGGCGGUGAUGAGAGGCUGGGUCAGGAUAGAGAAGAACAUCAACCUAUGUUAUCUCUCAACGGUGGACUGGUCCUUGGUCCAGGUCCAGGGGAUGGAGAACAACUUCAUCAAGGGCAACAAAGACCAAGAAGAGUGUUUCAACUUCUGUCCGGAGGAUGAUGGCAAGAGACUCUGCCGCAAGUUGACAGCUACUGGGGAUGUUGCGGAACUCUGUUGGACAGGUCAAGACUGCCAGAAAGGGCAGGGGCAAGUUCCAUGUUCGAUUUCACUCCUUGGGAAAAGAAUGGAAGCAGAGAGAUGUGUCUCAAGUUAAGGACUAAACAGAAAAAAAUAUGAAAGACAGAAGGGAAGAAAGAGAAAGAGAGAGAGAGAAAGAGACAUACGGAGGGACGAACAGAGGGAGUUGGUUUGUACAAUUGUAAAUGGAGACGGAAGAUUGGAUUCACAAAUCUCAUAAC